AAGGAGUCUUUUUUCACCACUCCCCCCUCACACACACACACACAUACACACACAAAUACACACACAAAUACACACACAUACAAAUACCGGGGCUGCCUUUGGCCUCCUGUCACCGCAAAAGAAGAAGACGCGCUGCACGGUCACAAUGCUGAGGAAAUCUCUAAUGAACGUCGGAUUGCGUGUGAACUGUCAACAUCUUCAGGGGAUCCAGAGAGUCACAGCGGGAUUAAAACCGGUCAACUAUGGGGACUCAAUCCGCCGCGAGGCAGCCUCCGCCAGCACCGUCAGGGCUGUCAACAAACUGAAAACUAUGGAUGAUUUAGGUGGACCUAGUUUCAUGACUACCCUAUACUGGUUUUUUGUAAAGGGAUAUUUCCAAACGACGCAACAAUUGCAAAUCGAGCACAGCAAGAUAUACGGCCCCCUGUGGAAGUCUAAAUACGGCCCUUUGGUUGUGGUGAAUGUGGCCAGUGUUGAGCUGAUAGAGCAGGUGCUGAGGCAGGAGGGUAAACACCCACUCCGUUCAGAAAUGCCCCACUGGAGGACCUACAGAGAGCUCAGGAACCAGGCCCACGGACCCCUGACUGAGAUGGGGGCCAGCUGGCUGCGCAUUCGCAGCAUCUUGAACCCUCGGAUGUUGAAACCCAAACACGUCUCCUCCUAUGCCAACACCAUCAACGGGGUGGUGUCAGACUUCAUCUGCAGACUGGACUUGCUGAGGGAAACCAGUGGUGGGGGAGUCAUGGUCAAUGACCUGACCGCAGAACUCUACAAAUUUGCUUUUGAAGGAAUCUGCUCGGUGGUGUUUGAAACCCGUAUGGGCUGCAUUAACGAGGUGGUGCCCGAGGAAACCCAAAAGUUCAUCUUCUCUGUGGGAGAAAUGUUCCGGCUCUCCCCGAUCGUCAUCCUCUUCCCCAAGUCCUUCUGGCCCUACUUGCCUUCCUGGAAAAAGUUUGUUGCAACCUGGGAUCAUCUCUUCAAAGUUGCUGAAGAUCUGGUGAAGAACAAAAUUGAUGAGAUCCAGGAGAAUGUCCACCUGGACAAGGAGACAGAGGGAGCGUACCUCACACACCUGCUGCUCAGUGAACAGAUGACCACCACAGAGAUCCUGGGCAGCAUCACUGAACUCCUACUGGCAGGAGUAGACACAACCUCCAACACUGUCUCAUGGUCUCUGUACCAUUUGGCAAAGGAACCAGAUAUUCAAGAACAGCUGUACCAGGAAGUGAUAAAUGUUUGCCCAGGAGACAAGGUUCCAAACAGUGAUGACAUUGCUCAGAUGCCGUUCCUGAAGGCCAUCAUCAGAGAGACACUGCGACUGUAUCCAGUGGUACCGGGAAACGCCCGCAUCACUGUUGAAAAUGAGAUUGUAGUGGGAAAUCAUCUCUUCCCAAAAAAGACGCUGUUCCACCUGUGCCACUAUGCCGUGUCCUAUGAUGAGAAUAUUUUCCCCAACCCCCACACCUUCCUGCCACAGCGCUGGCUCCGAGGAGGGGAGGAUAAGUCCAAGCAGCACCCGUUUGGGUCAGUGCCAUUUGGCUUUGGGAUCCGGGCAUGUCUAGGUCGGCGGGUGGCUGAGCUUGAGAUGUAUCUCCUCCUCUCCAGGUUGAUAAAACACUAUAAGGUGAGGCCUGAUCCUGCUGGAACACCAGUGAAGCCGAUCACCAGAACCCUGCUUUGCCCUGCUACACCAAUCAACCUCCAGUUUCUGGACAGAUGAACCGAACAGGCAGAGCCGAGAGCAAAGCCGGCAGGUUCUCUGUGAGCUGUUGUAGUAUUCACGCUAUGUUGCCUUCAUUUCACCAACCACUUGUUUAUAUAGAUUUUACUGGGUGGGAAUGCACCUUUUUAAUGAAUUGAGUAAACCAGACUGAAUUAAGGGUAUUAUGUUGUAUAGUAUAGAAAACUAUAUCUAAUAAAAGUAAAUCUAAUUAGUUCUUAUUCCCACCACAUUUUUGAGCUGUUGCCUUACAGCUUAAGUGUUCUAGUUCAAGCUCACUAAAGUCCUUUUAACAUUUUUUUAAAUUUAUGUUAGCGUCUUUACAAGUUGUUACCACUGCUUUGAAAAAAUUAUUUUAUUUGAUUUUAUUUUUCCAUUGUUGUCACACUUAAAUGUUUCAGAUUAUGAAACAAAUUAUAAUAUUAGACAAAGAUAACCCCAGUAAGUACAAAAUGCAGUUUUUGUUUAGUGAGGGAAGAAAAUUGUCCAAGCCUACCUUGCCCUGUGUGAAAAAGUAAUUGCACCCCCCUCUUUUGAUAAAUCACGAAUUAACUGUGAUUAACAACAUUUUAUUUUUGGAAAGGCGAGUUCAAUUUCAGUAGUCGCACCCAGGCCUGAUUACUGCCAGACCUGCUGAAUCAAGAAGUCACUUAAAUAGAGUCUGUCUGACAAAGUGAAGCAGGAUACAAGACCUCAAAAAGCAACCAAUGCCACAAUCUAGAACUGCAGACCUCACUCGCCUCAGUUAAGGUCAGAGUUCACAAUUCAACAAUAAGAAAGAGACUGGAUAAAAAUCUAUGGGAGAGUUCAAAGGUGAAAACCAUUUUUGACCAAAAAGAACACAGAGGCUUGUCUCACAUUUGACAAAAACAAAAAAACAUCUUGAUGAUCCCCAAACCUUUUGGGAACUUAUUCUGUGGACCGACAAGACAAAAGUUGAACUUAGGUUUCAGUCCCAUUACAUCUGGUGUAAAAUUAACACAGCUUUUUAUGAAAGAACACCACACCAGCAGGGAAACAUGGUGAUGGUAGUGUGAUGGUCUGGGGCUGUUUUGCUGCUCUGAUGGAACCAUUAAUUCUGCUCUCUACCAGAAAAUCCUGAAGGAGAACAUCCGGCCAUCAGUUUGAUCCCAGAAGCACAGGUUAUGCAGCAGGACAAUGAUCCGAAACACACCAGCAAGUCCACCUCUGAAAAAAAACAAAAUAAAGUCUGGAUUUAAAUCAGUUUGAGGUGCCCUGGCACCUGCUUAAACAGGCUGUUCAUAGUCAAACUCUCCAGUGUGUCUGAAUUAAAACAGUUUUGCAAAGAUUGGGCCAAAGUUCCUUCACAGCAACGUGAAAAACUCAUUGACUGGAGUUCCUGCAGCUAAGGGUGACGCAACCCACAGUUAUUAGGUUUAGGGGUAAAUUACUAUUUCACACAGGGAACUGUGACAAAUAUGAAAAAACUAAGAAAUCAGUCUGUGGCACUCAGUCCCAAGCUCAUCAGUUUAAACUGAAAAUGUGCCUAGUUUGAAAAUGUUAUAUUUUGGGAGUGUAUUUUCAAAGGUUGACUAAAACACGUGCAGUAUUUCUGGCAGCAGGAGGGUCUGUGUGUAGAGAGAAAAUAUGCUACAGUACGUGGAUUGCUGUAAUUAAGGAACCUGUCUGUCAGUGUGAGUGUGUGACUUUGAAUGCAAAAUCAAUACUCGUGUGUGGCAGUGGGGUUUUGGUGUGCGUUUACUUGUGUUAAAAUUGGGGACUCGUAUCAGCUCACACACCAGUUGACUGGGGACGCUGUUACCUUUGGGAACGAAAGCCACUCCCCCUCAAUUAGAUAUGAUUUGGAUGGGCACACAAUAUUCUUUUUGUGUUUGUGUGUCUAUGCGUGUUUAGGUGUAGAUGUGAAUGGUUAUUUGUCUAACUGUGUUAGUCUGGGGAUAGAAUGGUAACUUGUCCAGGGUGUACCACCCCUUUUGCUCUGUAGCAGGAGGGAAACGCUCCAGAAUUGCAUCCGCAGAACCAAAUGGAUUCACCUAAUCAACAAUUAUGUCUGAAAACAAAUAUAUACUCCAGUUUUAUUAUGGCAUUUGGUAAUUUGAAGGGAUUUUAAUAUGAAUAUAAAUCCUUCAGAAAGUCAUUCAUUCUAGUUUCAUUUGUUUUUGAUGACGCUACAUUAAACUAUUGAAAAUGUCCAAUCUUACUUUUACAGUCAGAGGUUUGUAAAGUGGUAGACCAAUGCUGCCCUCUUGUGGUCUGUUUUGUCUCCACUGAUUUUCUUUUUUCAGAGACGACAGUUGUUUUUUUUUGUUUGUUAAAAAAGCUUCUUUAAUGUGUCACUGUUCACAGAUAGCUUAUAGUCACAAUAAAAUGACCAGGUUGGUAGUGAGCAAGCAAAUGUUUAGUUGUGUUUUGGUGACUUAUUUGAGUUGCCAUGUGAUUACUCCCACUUCCAUUAGCUGUUCUAAAAAUAAUAAUGUUGUAUUUUUAAGUCAUGACCCACACAGUGAUUAAUAAAUCCCUACAUGUCA